AACCUGAGCUGGUGUGGCUCGGGGUGGCUCGGAGAAGGGGCGGGCGGGGCCGGGCCGGGCAGGAGCUGAUCAUCGCCUGGUGGGCGGCAGGCCCGCGAUCUCUUUGCCAGCAGCACCACCUGUCGCGGAGCGGGACAUCGGGUGAAAAAAAGAUGUUGUCGCGGUUGAGAAUAGUUGCCACUCCUUGUACUCUGGCUUGCCGGCAUAUACACACGAAAGAGAAAGGCAAGCCACUUAUGUUGAACCCAAGGACAAACAAGGGAAUGGCCUUUACAUUACGAGAACGACAAAUGCUUGGUCUUCAAGGACUUCUACCUCCCAAAAUAGAGACACAAGAUAUUCAAGCCUUACGAUUCCAUAGAAACAUGAAAAAAUUAAAUUGCCCUUUGGAAAAGUACAUCUAUAUAAUGGGAAUACAAGAAAGAAAUGAGAAGUUGUUUUACAGAAUACUGCAAGAUGAUAUCGAAAAUUUGUUGCCAAUUGUAUAUACACCAACAGUUGGUCUUGCCUGCUCCCAAUAUGGACACAUCUUUAGAAGACCUAAGGGAUUAUUUAUUUCAAUCUCAGACAGAGGUCAUGUUAGAUCAAUUGUGGAUAACUGGCCAGAAAAUCAUGUUAAGGCUGUUGUGGUGACUGAUGGAGAGAGAAUUCUGGGUCUUGGAGAUCUGGGUGUCUAUGGAAUGGGAAUUCCAGUAGGAAAACUUUGUUUGUAUACAGCUUGUGCAGGGAUACGACCUGACAGAUGCCUGCCUGUGUGUAUUGACGUAGGAACUGAUAAUCCAGCACUGUUAAAAGAUCCAUUUUACAUGGGCUUAUAUCAGAAAAGAGAUCGAUCACAACGUUAUGAUGAUCUGAUUGAUGAGUUUAUGAAGGCCAUUACUGACAGAUAUGGACGGAACACACUUAUUCAGUUUGAAGACUUUGGAAAUCAUAAUGCAUUCAGGUUCUUGAGAAAAUAUCGAGAAAAAUACUGUACCUUCAAUGAUGAUAUUCAAGGGACAGCUGCAGUAGCUCUCGCAGGUCUUCUUGCUGCACAAAAAGUUAUUGGCAAAUCACUCUCAGAACACAAAAUCUUAUUUCUUGGAGCAGGAGAGGCUGCUCUUGGAAUUGCAAAUCUUAUAGUUAUGGCUAUGGUGGAAAGUGGCCUCUCAGAAGAAGAGGCACAAAAGAAAAUUUGGAUGCUUGACAAGUUUGGUUUAUUAUUUAAGGGGCGGAAAGCUAAAAUAGACAGUCAUCAGGAACCAUUUGCUCACUCAGCCCCAGAGAACAUACCUGAUAGUUUUGAAGAUGCAGUAAAUAUACUUAAACCUUCAGCUAUAAUUGGAGUUGCAGGAGCUGGCCGACUUUUCACUCCUAAUGUAAUCAAAGCCAUGGCUGAAAACAAUGAAAGGCCUAUAAUAUUUGCAUUAAGUAAUCCUACAGCAAAGGCUGAGUGCACAGCUGAAGAAGCAUAUACACUUACACAGGGAAGGUGUUUGUUCGCCAGUGGCAGUCCAUUCGGGCCAGUGAAACUAAGUGACGGGCGACUGUUCACGCCAGGUCAAGGAAACAAUGUAUAUAUUUUUCCAGGUGUGGCUUUAGCUGUUAUUCUCUGUAACACCCGGCAUAUUAGUGACCAUGUUUUCCUAGAAGCUGCAAAGGCACUGACAAGUCAAUUGACGGAGAAAGAGCUAGCUCAAGGGAGGCUUUACCCACCUCUUGAUGAUAUUCAGGAAGUUUCCAUUAACAUUGCUAUUAAAGUUACAGAAUACCUGUAUGCCAAUAAAAUGGCUUUUCGAUACCCAGAGCCUGAGGACAAGGCCAAGUAUGUUAGAGAAAGAAUAUGGCGAAGUGAAUAUGACUCGCUGCUGCCAGAUAUGUAUGAAUGGCCAGAAUCUGCAACGAGCCCUCCCCCACUACCUGAGUAGAAGCGCCCUCCAAUAAAUACUUUCUAUAUUUCAGGGAACCCUUUUUCAGACAAAAAUAAUGUUCUCAAAUUUAUGUUUUUUUUUCUGAGUUUUAUCCUCUCUCACUGCUCUGCUUGACUUAUUUUUCCCCGUGAAUCUACACUUCUGUCUGGGGUAGAUGUGUUGGCGACAUUGUUAAUGGCCACUAGCACCCUGCUGUCAAAUAACCAUAAUGCUUUCAUUUUGUAGCUCAUACCACAUCAAAGAGAUGUUAAAAAUGCAUUUGUAAGUGUCUUCUCCGAUGCUCUUAUGAACACUUGCCAAGGUGUUUGGUAAUAUCUCUCACCCAGCCCUUUUAGGGCUGCUAAAAUACAAACUGACUUCUGUGGAGAUGAGCACAGAAUUUUGAGGAAAAAGCCAAAUUUAAACAAAUUCUAAGGACAAACUGUCUAUUUAAAAUAUUCUUUUAUUUCUUCUUCAUGCUCUGAAAUUCCUUUCUAGUAUAUACAUUAGAGAAAUAUGAAAAAUCUACCAUAUUAUUUAUUUCCUGGAAUUAAAGACUUGAUUAUAACAUUGUAAGAGAGAAG